ACUGCCAUGACCUUUUCCCACAAUGCAGCGGAGCGGUGAAGGCGGGUUAUCCGUGCAUGGCAGGGGCAAACGGACAUUAUUGAAUUAGGUAGCUAAUAAACAACGAGGAACUUGUGAGCCAGUCAGUCCGGGACAGUACCAUUGUUGUCAAAGCUUUAUCCCGACCGUCUCGUCAACCAGACAUGGCACCUUUCGGUCUGAUGUUUUCUGGGGUUUGCCUUUUGAAAAAGUCAUUCAGUCUCUUCUCCCACGCAUCCAGUCUUCCAAGGCGUCCUGUUUGGACGGGGGCUGGUGCCUGCUGGACUGUAAAUUCAUCAAGGUUCGUCAAUGUGAUCCCAGCUGUAAAGAGUUUGACCACCAUUGCAGGCGCUCCCCCUAAGAAGCCCCUGAACGGAUACAUGAGAUUUGUGAAACAGCAACAACCUCUCGUUGUCAGGGAGUAUCCAGAUGUCAAAGCUGUCGAUGUGAUAAGGAAGAUUGCUCAGCAGUGGAGAACUCUGACAGCAGACCAGAAACAGCCUUUUCAACAGGCGUCAGUGGUUGCCAGGGAACAGUUUAAGGUGGACAUGCAGAGGUACCAGUCCCAGCUCACACCUGCACAGGCUGCUGCUCUGAAACAGGAGAGGAGACUGAGGCUGGCCAAGAGGAAAGCCAUCAGGAGGAAGAGGGAGUUGAACAGUCUUGGCAAACCCAAACGUCCCCCGGUCGUCCUUAACAUCUUCAUGGCAGAACACUUUGAGGAGUCCAGGGGACGACCACACAGGUUGGUACUGAGGAGUCCAGAGGGGGGGGGGACCACACAGGUUGGUACUGAGGAGUCCAGAGGGGGGGGGACCACGCAGGGCAAGAUGAAGAUGCUGCGGGAGGACUGGACCAAACUGUCAACCUCACAGAAACAAUGUGCUCUGCAGGUCUACAUGCAGCUGGCGGAGGAUGAUAAAGUGCGCUAUAAGAAUGAGAUGAAGUCCUGGGAGGAACACAUGAUGGAUAUUGGACGGGAGGACCUGAUCAGACGGAAAGAGACCCACAAGAACAAAACCGCCACUAAAGGAGUCAAACAGAAAUCCAAAGUGAACGUGGUGAAAAGUAAAUCUGCAGGAGCUACGACAGUGAGGAGUGGGGAAAAGGCCUGAGUUGUUCUAGAGAGGAAGGGUGAUGGAAGGCAAGUUACCGUCCCAAAUAAAAUACAUUUUGUUUAUAGUCAUAUCAAUGCUCGUAGCGCCUCAAACUGUGAAUGAACCUUCACCAGUCUGGGAAAGAUCAUGAAACAUAACAUAGUAUGAAAAGAUGAAUUAUGUUGAAGUUAAGUUCCUGUCACCAGGGCCACGUUCUGUAUAUACUGUCUCUAUACACAGGCCAGUCUAUGCUAGAUAUAGUCUUUGUUAAGAGACGUGUUGACCAGUUACUUUGUUUGUAGACUUAGUUUUCGCAUGUUUUGUAUCUAAUUUUUAUUAAAUAAACAUUUACGUACAUAAAAAAAGACUUUAUAUUAUACACAAUGUUUAUACAGCGAAAACAAAUUGGGAGGAAAUCAGACAAGGUACUUAAACACUGUAUGAUGAAAGUAAACUAUGUACAAAAAACUACAAUAUCUACACAGUUCAUCCUCACAUCGUGU